UUAUAUUAGUGCAGAAACUGUACCUUUAAAAAAAAAUGCCCUUGGAGUCUGCUGGUGAAGAGAAAUAAUACUGUCAGUCAGUUUGACAUGCAGAUGAGUGCCGUCGAUCUUAGCAAAUCACCGCACACUUCACGUCAUGUUGUGGCAGUCACGGGGCCAAACCAGUGCAGUGUGGAGCCACAUGUGGCGGUGGAGGCAGCAGCAAUGGGAGGCCAUACUGCACCCUAUGACAAAAUGGAACCCCACCAGCUGUGUGAGGAGACCUGAAAGUGGCACAUGUCCAGAGAGUUGCGAUGGAGACUUUAGCAGCAAUGGGAGGCCUUACACCGGGACCCAUGACACACUCUGGACCUACGGCAGCAGCAUGAGGAGGCGGUACGGGGGCCAUGGCAGAGUGGCGAAGCAGGAGGAUGAGGAUUGAAGAAGAAGAUCAAUCAUUAGAUUGGGCAGCAGAAGAUAUCUGGAAG